CGUUCAGGGAAAGCGCGAUGUCUCUCGGCGUCUGCUUCCCACUUUGGUGUCGUCUUCUUCUUCCUCCUCUGCUUCUGCGUGUGCUUCUGCUAGGGUUUAAGCGGCUUCUGGAGGAUGUCAUCUAAAAGCAUAGCAUCCCCAGCUUCAACUCUUAUCCGCCGGUUCCUGAGACCCCUUCCGUCGUCUUCUUUGUCGACGCCUCCUCCUUCUCUCUCAUCCCUCCGUCCCCAUUCCUUCCUCCGUUCGAAGGAAGGCUCUCCCCGAGAUAUCUCGGGCGUCUUCGACUCGCUUUCCCUGUCAUGUCUUCAGAUUCAUAGCGAUCUCCACAAAGAUUUGUGGUCCCCUGGGCGUAUUUGCGAGAUGGGUGCUGCUUCUCCAGCAGUCGAUGCUUUUCUUAAUUUUCCUGCAGUCGAUGAGCUUUUUCAUCCUUAUGGCGUCCCGGACUUGCGGUUCUUUCUGAACGAUGAAGGUGACUCAGAUGAAGGAAUGCUACUGCUGCCAAAAAGAACAUACCAGCCUAGCAACAUUAAGCGCAAGAGAACUCAUGGAUUUUUUGCACGAAAGGAGACGAAAGGAGGUCGGAGAGUCAUUUCCAGACGGGUGGCAAAAGGCCGACACAGAAUUACUCCUUGACAAGGCAGCAAAGGAUACCGGAACUAUUUAUGUGCCAUUGGAAAUGCAGAGACCCCAUAUGAAUGUGAACUAUUUUUUUCUGUUUACAACAAAUUUUCCUGUUCCAAAAUCGAAGGGGUUUCUGCACUAGAAGUUUCUACUCUUACCAAGCAAGCCUCUGAGCUCCAACUAAAUUUUUGCUUAUUUUGUGAUGAUUAUGAUGCCAGUGGGUUGCCAAAUGUUCAUCGCUUUGGGCAGCCUGGUUUCCUGCUUCGAUGUUCUGCGUUUCUGUCGAUCAUCCUCUUGUCUGGAUCGACCAUCUAAUAACUUUUAUUAUGACAAUAGAUCUGUAGUUCAUCAAACACAGGAUUCUGUACUCCACUGGUAAAAAUGCCUAAUCCAGCGAUCUAUGGCUCCUGCAUUCUA